AACAAUUGACAGAUAUCUAAUGUCUAUUUUUCCCAAUCAACCGUCACAAAAAUGGCUGCGCUUAGAGUAUUUAGCCGUAAUUUACCAUAUUUUCGACAACAAUUUUCAGCAUUACUAGGAAACACAUCGCCUUCAGUGAAAUUUAUUUGCGUUGUCGUAGUAAUAGGAUACGUGUUAUCGUUCUCUGAAGAUGUCGUGAACGUUCUAAGUGUAACACCAGGAUAUUUGUUGCCUCCUUCGUUUCAAUUGUGGUCUACUUUUACGUUCUGGUUUCUCGAGAUACACUUAUGGGAAGUAGUUAUCGACAUAGUAACUGUGGGACUGUGUGGGAAGUUAAUAGAGCCGCUAUGGGGCCAAAUGGAAAUGAUGAAGUUCUUCUUUCUGACGAACUUUGGCGUGGCAUUUCUAACGACGUUUUACUACUUGGUGAUAUUUGCGUGCACGGGCCAGACAUCGUAUCUGUUUGACAUACAUGUGCACGGCCUGGCAGGGUACCUGGCCGCGGUGUGUGUGGCAGUAAAGCAGAUAUUACCUGAUCAUCUGCUUGUAAAGACACCAUUAGGCAAACUUACAAACAGAUCCUUACCACUCCUACUGCUUAUAGCGGCUAUAAUCCUAUGGGCUAUUGGGGCCCUGGAGGGGACGUAUCCUUGCAUGUGGGGCAGUGGUACCAUACUAUCGUGGAUGUACCUCAGAUUCUGGCAGAGACAUAGCAGUGGGACCCGAGGGGAUAUGGCUGAUAAUUUCAGCUUUGACAACUUCUUCCCAACAGUCCUACAGCCCAUAGUGCGGGGUAUCCUGGGCCCGCCGCACCGCUGCUUGGUGCGCAUCGGGCUGUGCUCGCCCAGCCAGCGCCGCGUGCACCUGGCCAUGAGUCCUCGCGGCGUCACCAUCUCCAUGCCGGGCGUGGAGCCCCAGGAUAUGGAGAGGAGAAGACAAAUCGCGCUCAAAGCUCUAAGCGAGCGCCUCUCGAAAACGUCGGAACAGACGCGACAGAAGAACCUCUCGACCAAAGUGAACAUGGAGGCCGUCCGCAAAGCGCAGGCCGCGCACGUCACGCCCCCCUUCCCCGCCGAGCCCGCGCCGCCGGACGCCGCGCUCGUGGACCUGGGCCCGCCCACCACCAAGCACUCGUGAUCUACCAACUAUAUGUAGGAGGAACGUUCACCGGGGAGGGUUGUAAUUAGGUGAUCGAGUGUGUUUGGGUCUGGCGAAAGUGCCGCUAGCGCGCUAUUUGCUAAUCGCUCGCCCUUUACGUCGAACCAAAAAGAUCCGUUGCACUACGGACUGGAUCGGCCGAAAAGACGACAUUUGUACUUUUCUGAGAAAAACAUUUUUUUAAAAUGCUAUUUGUAAAAAGUAGAAAAAUUAAGUUUUGGAAGACGGGUUGGCUAAUAGUUUCCGUGAAACAAGAUACCUAUUUUUGGGUCCCAUACAAAAAGCAGACUUUAUUUUCUUCUGCUUUCAAUAUGCCUUAUUUUGAGGAAAUGUAUACCACAUGUGUUGUUCCUUAAACAAUUUCCCAUCGAAUAGCAUAAAAAAAAUGAUUUCCUUAAAAAAAUACGAAUAUCCUCUUUUCUGCCAAUCCAGCCCACGGUGCGUUGAUUGUACGAUGGAAUCAUAGAGCAACUUAUAUAAUAUAUGGGUAGAGUGGUUUAUCAGAGUUUGAAGUUAAACGACUCAUAAGAUGUGUUGUGUUUAUCACAUUCAUUGCCAAGAACACGUGUUCAUUUUGUACUGGAAAUGAGGCACUCGGCACCGAAAGUGUUAAGGAAAAUUCAUACUUACUUCAAAUUUGUCAGGUGAAUUAGAUGGAGUAUGGCUCCAUACAUUAUGCAGUAACUAUGGUAGUCAAAAGUUUUGACAAUUCAGUUACCACAAAACAUGGCCCAUGCAGCGCUUUCUGUUCCAGCUACAAACUAUUACAAUGAAUAAACUCUUUGGUCGAUCUAUUAAAACAACUUGCUUGAUGUUUUUCAUUGAACUGCCAUAACCUUGGUAAUGAGGACAAAGACUGGCAACUAGAGCUACCAAAAGCAAGUGAGUCGGUAAUGCCAUCAGAUACCUAUAUCGGAGCGCCCAAGGUGCUUCCAAAUAUCUGAACACGCCUUUAUUGUCAAGGCGUUAAAGUGCAUGAUCCAAUAUUUUUGAACACCUCUGCCGCUUCGAUAUAUCUGAUCGCGACUGUACGCGAGCAGUUAGCGCACCUUUCGCUGUCAGACGCAAGCGCGCGUUCGCGCCGUUUUCGCCAGAUCUGGACGCACUUAUAGAAAAGAAUGUCAAUAGCAGUAUCACUAGUGGAUUUAAAUUAUCAAGAAAUCCAUUGUAGUCUAGGUAGGAGCUUCGGAAAACAAAAAACGUAAGACCUGUAUGGUUUCUUAUGUUUUUGUAUUCUUAGAGACGUAUUCUACAGUAAUAUGAUAAUUUAAAUCACUAAUUCCUACUGUAAAGGAGAUAGAGUGCUAAAUAGAUAAAAUAUUGUGUAUGUAGAACAUGUUUCAUUUACUUUAGCACUCUGUUAUAAAUAUACUUACAUCAGCAUGAUUGCGGCGUUUUUAGCCACACAAAAAAAUCUAACUCUGACAGAGUGACAAAUUCUUUCAGUCGCGAUGGCUCGAAAACGCUAAGUGCCUUUUAAUAAGGGUCAUAAAUAUUACUUAUCGGGUCAUAAAAUCCAGUCAUUCAGUUUUCCUAAACAUUUCUAAUAACCUCAUCAGCUGACGAGAUCGAGGCUAAAAUACUCGUACUUCCUCGUUAAUAAAGAUGCUAACAAAGAAUUUCGUACAUUGACUCUCCUGUUCCUAUCUCUUUUGCACACGCAUAGUUAUAUUUAUUACUGUACUGCUCGCCCAGGGGUUUUGACCGCCGGUAUCAUGAGCGGGACAACAAUAUAAUUACGCGCGUGCAAAAGAGCAAGGAACAGGCGAGCCAAUGUACGAAAUCUUUCGUGCUUAAAAUUUAGCAACCCGAAUCGCUUUUGUCGUGUUGUCAUAUGGAUUUGCAGUACAUUACGGUGGUUAAUACUGUAAGGUGCGCUUUAAAGUUAAAAUUUGAUAUGGAGUUCUCGCGAUCAUCUUGGCGGGGACAACACAUCGCUAUUUCACUAAUAACCUUAUUUUUCUAUUUGUUGAUACUACCUUUCUUUAAUCUUUAUACCGUAGACCAAGAUCUCCAAAACUAGUGUUAUUAGACCGCAGAUUGACUUCUGUUCUUCUGGUGGUUUUUAGGAUAGGGUACCGUACCCAAAGGGUAAAACGGGACCCUAUUACUAAGACUCCGCUGUCCGUCUGUCACCAGGCUGUAUCUCAUGAAUAGGGUUGCCAACCUUAGUGCACAGAUUUGCGGUCAAUUUGCGGGAUCUGGGUAUAAAAUGCGGGACUCCUUCACCUGGCCUAUCUGGGUAAGGUAUAUUGAUCGUCAACUUAUUGAAAGGCAUGCAGAAUUAAACCAAUUUAACUUUCUUAUUGCACAUUAAAAUAUAACUUUUACAACAAAUAUUAAAAAUAUAUUGUUCUCGUGCAUUACUCGCGUCGUAAUAUAUAUUCAAGUUAAAAUCACGCGCUCUCACAUUACUCUAAUUUACAACUGAACGUUUAAGUGCUUAUAAUCUGGUCUAGCCUGAAAGCGGGGCAAUCGGCGUCCCGCGUGGGCUCUUUGCGGGACGCAUACUUUAGGGCUCCAGAAGCGGGACGUCCCGCAUAUAGCGGGACGGUUGGCAACCCUACUCAUGAACCGUGAUAGCUAGACAGUAAAAUUUUCACAGACGAUGUAUUUCUGUUGCCUCUAUAACAACAAAUACCAAAAAGACGGCGAAUAUAUCGACGGGCGAGUCUGACUCGCACUUGCCCGGUUAAAAAAAAUAUGUUAAUAACUGGUCAUUAUUUCUAAUUUCGCGCAGACAAACGAAUAUGUUCUACUUGAAUAUAUGGUUAAAAGUGCAGACAAUCAACGUAUUAAGAGAAAAUCUAUGAAUAAAAUUGUAUGAAAUUCGCAUAAGAUAUGAAGAACCACCUUAACCAUAGUGUGUCUAGGCUUCAAGAAACCCGAUAUUGCUCGACUGAAAAAUUAACUAACCUAAAAUAUUACUUGAUUAAACAUACUUCAAAAUAAUACCAAUCUCAGGCAGUGCAAUUACACUGAGAGUAAUUACUUAAGUUUGUUGUAUAGAAAGUGUGAUUUUUUCGACGGCGAAUGUAUGAUAAAUAUGAUAAUUGUAAGGGGGAAAUUUUCAGCCUGACAACAUCGGGUUUCUUGAAACCUAGGAACACCACUGCAAGGAUCAGAAGUCAAACCGCGGUCUAAUAUGCUUACGACACAGUUCUAGGGAUCCUGGUCUAGCAGGUAUUGCAGUUAAUUGCGUUGUAUGGUAAGUUGAUCAGUUAUGAACAAAUGUUGCCUAAGUUCAGCUAUUUUAAGCGCGGCUUAUGUUUUAAUCAAAAAUUUGAGAGGUUUAUAGAAAAUUGGUUAUAAAAUGAAAUGAGACGAAUUUAUCGGUUUUUUUUUUAAAUCAGUAUUGUCGGUUACUGUACGUGGAUUCAGUUAGGUGUAAAUCUUUAAAACCAUUUGUCAAUUCUAAACUAGAGAUAAUCGCGGCGAACGAUAUACAAUAGUUAUUUGUUUUAUAAGGGGCCAGGGGGCAAAGUUGUUUAUCCACUCGUGCUAAUAUUGAUAACUGAGCUUACGAAAGAUUCCAAAAUUAAACCACGAGCGAAGCGAGGGUUAAACAAACUUUGCCUCCGAGUCGAACAUAAGAAUUUUCACCAUACCAACGCGAGGCAAAUACUAACUAUGAUGUACCAAAAACAUAAAACCAAAUCAAAUCCAAAUGAACGUAAUAAAAAAAAUCAUCUUAAAGUUAAUUCUACCAGCUAACAUAGGAAACAACUGAAAACUUGCAUCUGUUUACCUUGCCCCGCAUGUGGAUAAAAUGCAAUUUUCUCAUUCGUUUUUGAACAAUCAAGA